ACCAAUAGCCAUGGGUCAGGUGUAAGUUGUCCUCGACAGGUGCAACAUGAGGGGGAGAAGAAGCCUAACGAGCCACAACUGAAACAUAUGUGUGAGUGCACAAUGGGUGGGUGAGGCUUUUAAAAAGUUCCUGAAAGAAUUGUAUUGAUACAGAGAGAGGUGGUAAACAAAUGCAAGAGCCUUAGUAUCGGCUGUGAACUAACAAUAGGUCUUUUAAUAUUAGAAAUAUUUGGCUUCAGUGCUUCACAACACAAAACAGCUCUAAAUGCCUCCUUCAAAUAGAUGAAAACGUAUUUUCAUUGGUGUGCAUGCAAAAAAAAACAACAACUGUCACCCAAUACUCACACCUAGUGGCCAGUUUAGUUCUUGGGCGUUUUGGAGAAACGAAAGUGAAAGAGUUUCAUUUUCCUUAGCACAGUGAAUCACCAGCCUCCGCUGACAGUGGUUUUUAACUGCGCCGGGGCUAGCGUGGAGCACAAUACUGGGCUCAAGUGUUGUCGGCUGGGUGAGCCGCAAUGGCAUCCGAGACAGAUGAAACAUGGGAGGGUCUCAUUGAGGACUUCAGGCCGAGGCUGCGGGAGCGCAUUGUGGUGGAGCAGGUCCUGGAUCAUAUACACUUUGUCGCGGCCGACCAAAAGGAGCAGAUCAGACAAAGGGCGAGGACCGAGGGCAACAUAGCGGCUGCGGACCUCCUCAUUACCGCAGUCCUGAAGAAGCCACAUACCCCUGGCUGGUUCAGGGCAUUUGUCGACGCGCUGUUGAAUUCAGGUUGUGACUAUGCAGCGGACUGUAUGCAGGUCAACCUCCCGAAACCUGAAGAGGAGGCAGAGAACGAUUACUGCGUCCGGCUUAUCCGCCUGCUGUCUCCCAGUCUUGUGGGCAUGAAGACUCAGGAGGUGUGUCUGCACUGUUUUUCCGAAGGCCUGCUGACGGAAGAGGACUCUGAAAUCGUUAAAACCGAAAUCACCGCCAGAGGACCCCGGAGUGGAGCCCGUGAACUCCUGAGGUGCAUCGUGAGAGGUCGACCGGGGUGGUUCUCUAAAUUUCUCAAUAUCCUGCGCGAAACGGAACACCAAUACCUGUAUGAGCUGACUGGAGGGUCACCUGACCGUGACACGCCAGGUUCAGAUGAAAAACUUCCUUCCCCGAAAGAUGAACGCGCAGGAAGUGAAGCUAUCAAAGAGGAGAGUCAGCAGGCAGCAGCUGAAAGCCCGGAUUUGGACGCCAGCAUAACAGAGGAUCCUCAGGAUGAAGCCCCAGACCUGUACGAAGGAGCGAGCACUGAAUCUGAACAACUGCCAAACAGCUUGGAGCCCUUACAACCAGAUGGAACUGACCCAGGAGCAGCAGUCAGAGGCCAAGAAAACGCGGAUAUUGUUCUUCGAGAUUAUCAGAUGGAUGUUGCUAAACCUGCCUUGGAGGGGAAAAACAUCAUCAUAUGCCUCCCAACAGGAAGUGGUAAAACCAGAGUUGCAGUUUAUAUUACCAAGAAACAUCUGGACCGCAGGAGGACAGAGGGGCAGUCAGGGAAAGUGGUUGUCCUAGUGAACAAGGUCCCUCUUGUUGAGCAGCAUUACUCCUCAGAGUUCUUGCCAUUUCUGAAGCACACAUAUAAAGUGGAGAGAGUCAGUGGAGACUGCCAGCUCAAAAUCUCUUUCACAGAGAUUGUGAAGAAAAAUGACGUCAUCAUUUGCACGGCUCAGAUUCUGGAAAACUACUUGGAGAGGUCUCACGAAGGAGAGGACGAAGGGGUGAACUUAAGUGAUCUGACACUGAUCAUAAUAGAUGAGUGUCACCACACUCAGAAAGGACAAGUCUACAACCACAUAAUGAUGCGCUACCUGAAGCAGAAGCACAAGAACGCAAGACUGAAGAAGGAGCAGAAGGAGCCUGUGCCCCUCCCUCAAAUACUGGGCCUGACUGCCUCACCUGGGGUCGGGGGAGCCACAAAAAUGGAGAAAGCAGAGGAGCACAUUCUGCGCAUCUGUGCGAAUUUGGAUGCUUCCAAAAUCAUGACAAGUAGCCUUGGGGAAUACAAAAAGGAACCGAGGAAAACAACUCAAACUGUUGAAGACAGAAAAGAGGAUCCCUUCGGUGAUGUAAUUAAGAAAAUCAUGAAUGACAUUCAUACCCAUGCCCAGCUAAGCCCCACCUGUGACCUUGGCUCUCAGAAUUAUGAACAGUGGGUUGUUCAAAAAGAGCGAAAAGCUGCAACGGAGGAAGAUCAGAGGGUGCGGGUUUGCGCAGAGCACCUUCGACAGUACAGCGAGGGCCUGAAUCUCAGCAACACCAUUCGCAUGCGUGAUGCCUUCAGUUUCCUGAACAAAUACCACGAGGAGGAGAUAAAAAGAAAAACAACCCCAGACGAGGAGCAGAUCAUUCAAAUUACAGAAACUGAGAGAUUCCUCUUCAGUUUGUUUAAAGAGAACAAGGAAGAGCUGCAGAGGCUCGCAGAGAAUCCAAAUUAUGAAAAUGACAGCCUGUCAAAACUAAGAAGUAAAAUUCUGCAAGAGUUCAGCAGCAGGGAGGAGGCCAGAGGGAUCAUUUUCACCAAAACUCGUCGCAGUGCCAUUGCUCUAAGCCAGUGGAUUCAAGAAAACCCCAAGUUUGCUGACAUUGGAGUGAAAGCCUCAUAUGUCAUUGGAGGAGGAGACCAGAGUGUUGUUAAACCAAUGACCUCUGCAGAGCGUGUGGACGUGUUGAACAAAUUCCGCAAUGGUGAUGUCAACUUGUUGAUUGCUACAACUGUAGCAGAGGAAGGUUUGGACAUACCGGCCUGUAACUUCGUUAUCCGAUACGGCCUUGUGACCAAUGAGAUUGCUAUGAUUCAGGCUGAAGGUAGAGGAAGAGCUGAAGACAGCAGUUACACUCUAGUCGAGGUGAAGAAUUCCGGGGUGGCUGAAAAGGAGUGCGUCAAUGAGUACCGCAAGAACAUGAUGAACAAAGCCAUUGACAAAAUAAGAGCCUUAAAUCAAGCAGACUAUGACAAACGGAUCGUAGAGUUUCAGAUUCAGGCUAUAAUGGAGGAGAAGGUGAGAAUGACAAGGAAGAAGCAGAAAGACAUGAAGAAUGAGAACCCAUCUGAAGUGAAGUUCAGCUGCCGAGGCUGCAGCAAACAUGUCUGCACCGGUGAAGACAUCCAGAUCAUCGAAAACAUGCACAGGGUCAAUGUUACAUCACAGUUUGGUAAACUUUUUAUUCAGAGAGAAAACACCUCUCUUCAAGAGCGACUUCUAGAUUAUGAGACCAAUGGCUUCAUAGCAUGCAAGGACUGUGGGCAGAGAUGGGGUGCGAUGAUGAUGUACCGUGGGAUCGAGUGCCCCUGCCUCCAUGUUAAAAACUUCGUGGUGACAUUCAGUGGAAAGAAGAUUGGCAAAUGCACCAAGUGGAAUGAGCUCGCCGUCAGGUUUUCUGCCUUUGACUACGCUGAACAUGCAAGACAAGUGGCAGAGAGCUCAGAUGAUGAAGAGACCAACUGAAUUAAAACUAUGUAGAGUUGCCAGGAAUCAAGAAAGCACAUAUUUGUUAUAUUCUUACUUGUUUGGCUUGUAGACCAUUGCCAAUCACACUGUUAAUUGCAGUACUUCUUAUGAGUGGUACAUUGUCCUAAGGUCUGGAGUCACUGCUGAUUGUGGAUUUAAACAGCGGUUGUCCAAAGAAUAACAAUUUUAUCAUUUCAUCGGGUUAUUCCAUAAAUCUCGUCAAAAUAUGAGUUAGCACUGUGAUUGUUCCGAUGCCACAUGUAGAAUUUACUGGUGAAAUAAUGUAACAGUCAUAAAAUAUAGGUGCAGUAUAUUUAAUUGAGCACUACUGCUAGAAAAUGAAAUGGAAAAAAAAUGAAUAAUAAAUAAAUUUCCUCUCAAA